UAGUUACUAGCUUUCGUUUCUUAACUGUAGAGAGAGAGCAUCGUUUCGUCUUCGAUCUUGUUCAACAAUAAUGGUGAAAUUAGCAUCAGCACGCGAGAUCCGAAUGUACGGGCCAAGAUUGACCCGAAAUAGAUUCGAGUACAUCAACGCGGGUCUAUACAUGUUCUCUACGAUUUUGCUUGUAGGUGGGUUUGCGGCUCAGUUUUCCAAAGAACCUUUGUCCGGUUUGGUUCUGUUGCUAAUAGCGUUGGCAGUGAUCAUUGUAGUGAAUGUACAUGAUCUUAUGGCUCAUCUUGCUGCUAUUGACUAUAGAUUUCUGUUGCUCGGAUUUGACCCGCAGCUUGCCCUCGUUGAGUUUGCUGUGCCCGUUGUUCAGUCCUUGGGAACUCUUCUUUACUUCUUAGGAAUUCUUUUUCUCUUCACUAAGGCAGAAAAGGGGUAUGACAAUUUCAAAGUGGAGAAGCAAGCUGUGAAUCUGCUUAUUGCUGGCCCUGCUCUAUGGCUGCUUGGUUCAAUUCACAACUCGUGUCAGAUUUAUGAAAGAGCAGAUGGACAUGUUCAAAUCUUGCAACAAAGCGUCAACAUUCCUUUCUUGUUGGGCAGUUUACUGUUUCUGGUAGGAGCACUCCUCAAUUGGAAAGAGCAAUCAGGGCAUGUCCACCAUGGCUUGAAAUUGUUAAGUGAAGACUGGGUGUGGUUGGGAAUAUUUGGGAGCCUAUUGCUUCUCAUUGGGGGACUAAUGAACGUGGUAAAAGUGUUCAAGAUGCAACAAAUGAGUGGAUUGAGGCUAGAGAAGUUACGAGGCGGAGCACAGGACCGAUUAAUGCAAGAAAGAGAGGGGCAAAUGCCACUAAUUAUAGAAGAGCAAAGGAGAAGGAGAAACUCACCCGAGGAGGGAACAACAUCAACUACUGUUAUUGCCCCAACUCCCUAUAAGGAUGUUCUUGUUGGUCAGGUUUGAGUUAAUAGUUCGAGGAAAUUCUAUGCAUUACUCCCAUCUCAUAUAAACUUCGCCAACGGCUCUUGGACAGUCACAUACAACAUGAGGAUUUACAGAAGAUUUACAAGUUUUGCUUGGUCUUGGACCAUUAAUUUCUCCUAAAUAUGCUGGUUUUACAUGUGCUUAUUCACAAAAGUUCGAGAGAUCGUACAUUACUAUAUUAUAAUCACUUGGAUUUGGUGUUGAAUAAAACGAUAUCUUAUUUGUACUA